AAUUGUUACAUCCUUUAUGAAAAAUUAGUGAGUAAUGAUUAAUUGUUAACAGGUUGUCUACACAUAAAAGUAUUAAUAUAAAAGUUUCUGAAUUAGAAUCGUUAAUUCAGUCAAGUCUUUCUCCAAACUAAUUAACUAGUGUUUUUAUCAAACCUCAAAAUGAAAUUCACACUUACCUUCAUUACUCUCAUCAGUGUUUCAACAAUCAAUGUUAAGGCCACCAAAGAACCAAAUCAAUUCGAGCAUGAUAUCAUUGACUAUUCUGUAAACCGAAUUAAGAGUAUCGAAGAAAAUAUCCCCGAUUGGGAUGCAUCAGCCUCACUCGAGAAAAAUGCUCUAACCAUCGUUAACAAAGCUCUACAAUCUGGUACUAUUCCAUUCUGGAAUCCUGGUGCUGCUCUUAAGGUUAACCUUGUGUAUGCUCUUGAAGCUUUCCUUCGUUCACUUGAUAUCCAAGAUUUCGAUGAGACCAAAACCUUCGAAGAAAACAUAGACUUUGCUAUCGUUGAUUUCUUGAGAUCUCUUCCCAUGAUACCAUCAUGGUUCCCAAUUGAUUUCAUACAGAAGAAAAUGGUUAAUAAUGUUCUAGCUGCUUUCGAGAAUAUCCCUUUCCCUGGAUUCGAUGUUAACAAGUCAGUUGACGACGAUGUUGUCGCCUGGGUUGAAGCUUCAAUCGCUGAAAUAGACCCAUCAGCUGAAUUGGAAGAUGCUGUUCCCACUGCUGUCAAAAAUGCUCUUCAUCUACUCCUAUUAGUACCAGGAUUCAGCCCAUCAAAGACUCUUCAAGAAAAUGUCUCAAGAGUUAUCGAGGAUCUUUUACUUCUUGAAUGAUUUUAAUUAUCAAAAUGAUGACAAAGCUCGACAAUUUUUCUUUUUGAACAAAGAUUCCCUAAUCUAUUGAUUUUAUUAAUAAUAUUGAAUGAAAUAAACUAUUAUAAGCUGAAUACCAAUCCACAAGUGUAACUAAGUUACCAAAUCGUCUUAAAAUUUUUCCCUGGGACAAACUGAAAAUAUCAAUUAACAUGAUUAAUAAGAGGAAUAAGACACUAAAAAGUCACAAGAUUCAUCAAAAAAGUGCAAAUAAACGAUUUUUUU